CUGAAUAAAAAUCUAUCUCCUGCAGCAGAAAAAGAAAACCAUCUUUCUUUGCAAUGGAUUUUCUUGUUGUUUCUUCAACACUUUGUCACUAAAACACAAUGUGAUUUGUUUGGCUAUGAUUUAACAUGAUGUAGGAAUCCGGCUACUAUAUUUUUUAGGCCAAACUCAUUUUAAUAGGUAGCUCCCUUUAAGAUAGAUGAGGAUGGGAAGAAAGAGUUUCCAAAACUGUUUGAAUAUAUACAGGCAUUGCUUGAUAUUUCAAAUAAUUUGAUCCUAAAUCAUGUAGUAUUUUAUUGGCUGUAACCAGCAUUUGACUUGUGUCAAAAACUAACUGGCAAUCUAUGGAACUAUGAAUUAUGAAUUAUUUAAAAUUAUGAAAAUAAGACAUGCAUGUCCACAAUGUUUGCAAUUGACUAAAUUGUCUGGCACAGUUAAGUAUUAUUUCACAGAAAAAGAUAAUGCAAAUGUAUAGAUCCUAAUCUCUAAAAGAAAUAGUCCUUAAACUCAUUCAUUUGGUGACCAGCUGGAGUUAAAAACAACACUGAAAAAAUGUGAUUUAUGACUAAUAUUUAUGACAGUUGCACUAUACAGGGGCCAUGUGAUCACCAUUUGUAACCUCAGCUAACUUCCAACAAGUAAAAUCAAUGGGGGAUGCCAGAUUCACUUAACACUUGCAGUGAUUCAUUUAACAACUUUUGGGGCAAAGUCUUCAAGUAUUGUUUUUGUUGAUAACGUAGCUUUUGCCUUUCAAUUUUUAUGGCUUAGGAACCUUAUAGACUGCUGGCCAGAUUUCCUGACUCAGGUGGCUACAAUAACACUUCUGUAGUAUUCACCUGGUUUAACCUGUGUUUCCAGAUGAAGCUUGGGUGCAGUUUGAAUAUAUUCUGCAAGUUUAUAGCCAGCAUUUUUAUUACCAGCAGUUUUGAUAUAUCCUUACUAAAGCUUCUAUUUACAUUGAGUAGAAAUAAAUAAAUUGGAAGAUGCCAUUUUAGUAGUAGUAUCAUUUACUCGGAUUUAUCAUUUACUCUAAGUUUUAGAUCUGUAAUGAUGAACUGUUUUGAAGUACACCUUCAACAUUUAAGUUGUAAAGAUCAGCAUCUAGCGGUCAUUUGGAGUUUUUCAGGCCAGUACGGUAAAUUUUCUUUUAGUGUUUAAAGUAUAUCGAUUUACACUAUUCAGUCCUAAGCAUCCAAAGUAAAUCUUAUCAAAUUCAGUAAGACUUGCAACCUGUACUGCCAACUGACUUUCAUAUUUAAAGCAGAACUAGAACUCCCAGUAUCCUGGUUUCUAAACUUUUCUAACCCAGCUGUUAUAUCAACUGGGGAAAGGGCAGUUGUAAAGAUUAUUGUUUACCCAUAUCUGAAAAAAAAGAAGCCCAAAGUCCUACUACAUUUCCAGGUUCCCCUCCCCCCAAAAAGAUAUAAUAAUAAAACCUCCACUGGAUAUAAUUAACAAUGAAUAAGUCACUAAUUAACUUGGAUUUCAAAGAAUAUAUCGAUCUCCCUUUCCCCUCCAUUCUCUUUAUUUCACAUCUUGUGUAUUUUUAAAUUGCAAGACAGAGCACAGACUCUUUUGCCCAAGCUGCUUUGAGUGAUCAUAAUUAUUUGAAAAACAGGAUUAAAAUAGCAAGUAAAUAAAUAAAAACAAAUAAUUAAAAUAUUUCUGAAUUCUUCUAACCUAAUAAAAUGUUUAAUGUGUAUUGUGUAUCACAGUCACUCCAAACUAUUCAGGAAAAGGGAAAACUUUAAAUCAUGGUGACUAAUCAAAUUAACAGUAAAUAAUUGGCAUUUUUAUCAUGGCCUCACUAAUUUCUUUGCCUGGUCCUCAUCUACUUUUUAUUGAUUUUAAUGCAUUGACCUUUCUUGGAAGCCACUGAGAACCAGUAUGAAAUGGAACAGCAUAGAAAUCUUAAUAAGAAAUCAAUAAAUCCAAAAUUAUUUUAAGUAAUGACAAUAACAAUGAAGUAUGGUGGAAAAAAUAAUAUAUUUUGGAAGAAAUGAAAAUAAGGAAGUAUCUGGUCUUCAUGUGGUAAUAUCAGAUAUCAGAUAUAUAUUGCUGUAGCAUUCUAGUAAAUAAUAUUUGAUAAGUGUCUCUAGUCUUGGCAAUAUGCAACUCUUUUAUAAUCUAUAUCAUUCCUGCUAUCUUUCUAAAGUGCCAAUUUUCAGUUAAAAGGAAUUUUUACUGGAUAAUAGGAAGAAAAAUGGACCCUUUGUGCUAGUCAUUCAUUUGACAGAUUUUCUCAGACUGGCAGCCAGGCUUAACAUUAAAGCCUUUUAGCUCUUGUUGAAUGUCUUUGCUGGACACAGUUCCUGUAGGACUGGAAAGCUGCCAUAGAUAUGGAGUUAGCAAGCAGCAGCAGCUUCUUAACAGCUUAUCUUUACAGUAUGGCAGAGUCUUUCUCUGCUGGUAAUUGCGCCUGAAUAAAUUAGCUUUACUCAAUGGCUUUCAGGUAAAUAAGUGGUUUAUGUCUGUUCUAUGGAAAGGCUAUCUGGCAAUCUGAUCACUACAUAAUUAUUAAAGUAGUGAAUAUUUAUUGCAUAGGAGAAACAAAAGUGUAAUAAUGCACCAUCAACUGUCUUUUUUUACCCAAAAUACAGUGUACAAAUGCAUUAAAUAAUUGUCUUAAUAAUGUUGCUGUCUUCAACACAUAAUAGCAAUCUCUUCAUGCAGAUAUUCAAACAAGUACCAUAGUUUGUACUGAAACUCGCAAUCUGUGUAACAUUCAUGAAUUAAACAUAUGCAUGGAGAGUUUUCUUCAGGAAAUUGUUGUCUGCCAGUCUGGUGCCUUUUAAUAUUAUUUCCUCUCCAUUAUAUUUAUUACAUAAUUCAAAACAUCUGAAAGUCCUACUGCAGACCCCCAAUGCAGACCAUCUCUUAAGUAUCCUGUUAGAUAAAAAAAAAAAUCAAUGUCUAGCACGAAAAAAUUGUGUGAAAGAUUUAGAACAAUGAGAGAUAUUUUGUGUGCCUUAUCAUGAUUGUGGAAAGAGUAAUAAAUUGUCUUCAAAAUGGGAGGAUUGUCUUAGAUUCAAUGAGAACAUGGGAAUAGAAGAGAACAAAUAAUACCCUAGGAGUUUUUUGCUGAUGUGCAAAAUAGUGUCUAAAAUUCGGGAUUGCUUUCUUUAUGAAAAACUAAUUUCUUGCUUUAGAAUGUUAUCCUGCAAAAAUGUUACAACAUAAUUUGUCUUUUCCCUGGACAAACUGCCAGAUCGUAACACAUGAACAGCAAAUACUGUAAUAAAACAAUGCUUUUGAUAACAGUAGACAGAACAAGGAGAAACUGAAGAGCUAUUUCUCAAAAAAGCUUUUGAGGCGGGGAUGACAAGAAGCCAUUGAUUCACUUUUUGUAGAGGCCAGUACAGAUACUCCCAUCAUUAAGGCUGUGUGAUCUACUUAAUCAAAAGGGGGCUCUCUUAGGAAGUGCAAUUAGCAUUUGAAGUAUAAUUUGCUAUUUAAUGAAUACUCUUUUUUAUCUGCAAUUACUCAGAGCAAUACAAGCCUCCCUUGGGCCCUCACCUUUUAUCACUACAGAGAUCAAAUACUGUUCACCCAACUAUAUUUUGUGGAGUCUUUUUUUCUUAUGCAAAUAAAUACAUCAUCAGAUAACUAGGCACUGUAGCACAAACUGUACUUUGGAUUACUCUGCUGAAGGCCUAAAAAGGGACAUUUGUGUCCCAAAAAUUUCCUACAUGUUAUAAAAGGCUGGCAUAUUUCUUUCUCUAAUUGAUUGUACUACACUAGUUCUACCUUAAAAUGGAUGACAGUAAUUUCAAAGAAAUACUAAAGUAUUUGGCAGCUUGAAAUUAAGAAUAAUUUAAAAAUAGGUAGGAAUACAUCAUGGAAACAUCUUAACCAAUCAUUCAAAAUAUAAAUGUUUAGAUUUGCUAUAAGAUUAUCUGAUAUUUCAUAUAUAAUGUUUAAUAUUAUGGCUGUAGCCAGACAGGCUACUAGCUAGUUUCAAAAAAGUAAUGGCUCUACUUCGAGCUAUGUGGUAGAGAUAGAUGUUCCAUAUUCCUUAAGGUUUUCUUGAGAAGAGGAGUUCUGCCAGUAUCAAAACUCACAAUGUGAUAUGGAAAAUAAUACAUGAUUAGUAAAACUGUGCCUCUGGUCCAAUCAUCAUAAUUUUUCUUAAACAUAAGAAAAAAUAUGCUUUCUUUUUUUAAAAGUAAAAUCCAUUCAUCUCAACAUUAGGAAAGUGAAGUUAAAUUCAUGAACUGAAAAUUGAAAUUAAUUUCUUGUAAUGGAAAAUAAAUGAUUUAACCUUUUAUCUAUCUAACCUACUUUUUCCACAUGGAGUAAUGAAGACUGAAAAGCAGAGGCUCCAUUUACAAGAUGGCAUAUAUAAAGCAAAGGAAAGGCCAGACAGUGUUAUUUGAAAAAGAAACCUGGUGGAAAACAGACUUAACGUUUUGAACAAGAAGAACUAAUAGUCUGGUCUGCAAACUGUUUCUUAUGCUGAAUCAAAAUAAAGUUUCACAGUAGAAGAUUUCAUUUUUUUGGAUAUUGUGCCGGGUUACUUACAGGCACUUGAUACAUAUGCAAAAGUCAAUUCCUGAGAUCUACAGCAUUAUAGAAAAGCAAAUUCUUUUAUUAUUAUUUACAUAUCUUUGGGAGAAUGAUGAUGCUGGUUUUUCUACUGUGGGUCAUCCUGACUCGAGGUUUUGCAGUUCCUUGUAGCCCAAAUAAAGCAGAUGUGAUUUUGGUAUAUUGUUACCCUAAAACAAUUAUUACCAAAAUCCCAGAAUGUCCAUAUGGAUGGGAAGUUAAUCAACUGGCACUCGGAGGGAUUUGUUAUAAUGGAAUUCAUGAUGCAGGAUACUAUCAAUUUACUAUCCCAGAUUUGUCACCCCAAAACAAAUCAUACUGUGGAACACAAUCAGAUUUUAAAAACCCUGUUUAUCAUUUCUAUAACUCUAUCAGUUCCAAUGAUAGCACUAUCAUUGUGAAAAGCCAACCUGUCAACUAUUCAUUUACCUGCACCUAUCAGGCGAACUAUCUAGUGAACCAUGCUGCCUUUGACCAAAGGGUAGCAACUGUUCAUGUGAAGAAUGGCAGUGCCGGUUCCUUUGAAAGCCAGUUGUCUCUCAACUUCUAUUCUAAUGCCAAGUUUUCAAGCAAGAAGGAAGCCCCUUUCAUUAUUGAUACAUCAGAAAUUGGCUCUGAUGUAUUUGCUGGAGUGGAAGCCAAAGGCUUAAGUCAUAGAUUUAAAGUAGUGUUGAGCAAUUGCUGGGCAACCCCUUCCUCAGAAUAUUUCUACCAAAUCCAGUGGCCUCUGGUAACUAAGGGGUGUGCAACAGAUAACUCCAUUUUAGUACAUGAAAAUGGCAAAAAUAAUCGAGCCACCUUCCAAUUUAAUGCAUUUCGGUUCCAGAAUAUUCCCAAACUUUCCAAAGUGUGGCUACAUUGUGAAACAUAUGUGUGUGAUAGUGAAAAGUUCUUUUGCCCUGUGGCAUGUGCAAAACGGAGAGAACAUAUGGAGCAAACAGGUGGUGUUUUAAUUGCAGAAUUCAUUGUGAAUAGUAAAGGGUUAUCCAGGAGUUACACAUUUUCAGUUAUUUCCCAUUUAUUCCUGUUAUUUGGAAUUUGUGUAGUUUCAGGAUAAUACCUGAUCCAACUUCAACUGUUAAUUAUUAUACUCUGAUUCUCUGUUGCUACAAAAAGGUAUUUUGCCCACUUCAAAAUUUUGCAUAAAAAUAAUUCUAUGAGAUCUAAGAAUAAUGGUGAUUUGUAUUUAAUUAUGUGCUUUCUUGAUAUACAUUUCUUGUUUUCUGAACAAAAGAAUAAAGAUACUUAAUAUAAUUUACAACUGUUUUUUUUCAAAUGUUAGUCCAAAGAAAAAGGGCAACCUUUUAUUUAAUUUUGACUACGUAAACCAAGCAUCUAUCUCUUGAAUAAUGGGGCUAGCAAAUCACUUUGCAGAAAUAAGCUAAAUAUUGCUAGUACAGUUAAAGAAUACAAUAGAGAAUAAUUGGGUAGCAGAAUAAUGCUUGGAAUAUAGCUGUUCUCAAGGUAUCUAGUAAUUUUCAGUAUAAAUCAAUGUACACCAGUUUUAUACUAUGAUUAGGUUUUGGCUUCUGUAUAUUAUGUUAGAGAGUCCUUGUGUGCAACCAAGACCACUGUCCAUUAUUGAGUAAAGCAUAUUUGUACUGAGGACUCUGACUGGAUUGACAUAUCUUAUUAUAUCUUCUUACUAUAAACCAUGGUUUAUAGACCAUAAUUACUAGGUUCAUACAACUGACAACAAAAUGUAAAUACAUGGUUCCUAUCUACCUUCAGAUUAAUGAAGCCGUGAUGCCCAUAGAAGCUUCAUAGAAAAUACAAAAUGUUUGCAUUGUAGUCUUCCUGAGGGUACCAGUAAUAAUUGACUAUAUAACAUUUGGUGAAUAAGUAGGUCGUCUGUUCCAAGUUGCAUUUCCAUUUAGGACCACCAUCAUCAGCUUUCAGAAAUAAUCACCUAAGAAAAUAAUUGAAGUUUAACAUUUAAAGUUGAAUAAAAGCUUGCAACACCUAGAAUAUUCCUUAACCUUUAUACUCAGUGAGCAUUUUAUUGGGCUGUAAGUUGAAAGAUAUACAUUAAACCCAUUUAUUAAAACUUAACAAUAUUAGUCAAGAGAAUAAACAUAUUCUUGAGAAAUAAAAAGGAAAUAAUUGCACAAACCCAUUAUAAAUUCUUAUUAUUUUCAAUAUGACUUUUCUGAACCAAUAUACAAACUACAAUAUAAACUUUUUAAAGAUGAAUAAAUGAAAAUAAAAAGUUUAAGAAAACCAUCACUUUGAUUCAUGUGCUUUAUCCACAUUUAAUAAUUAUAUUAGGCAAAUGAAUAUGUCAUUUUUAAAAUAAUAGAUUACAACUGGCUGGUAUAUUUUUUUAGAAUAUUAGAAACACAACACCUGAAACAAUUUAUAUUCUUAUGGCAAGAUAACAUGAAGAAUGAAAUUUGAAUGAGGGCAGGAGGAAUGUGUAUUAAUAUACUGAAAUGACCAUGCUUUUCUUUAAACAAAACUUCAGUGACAUAUUUUAAAAGAAUCCAGAAAUAAUAUUUAUAUUUUUGUUUAAAAAAGUAAAGAUUUAUGUCUAUGGAGAUUCUCAAUCACCCAUGUCAUGAUUGUCCAUAAGGUGUCCCAAAGAUGCUUCUUAGAUGACAAGCGAAAUGUUUUCAAGCAAACCAAGAAAGUCCUGUUGUCUUUUGGAGAAAGCAUCUUUGUGGAAUAAUUAGCUUUAGAUUUUUCUACUUCAUCUUACAUUGCUUUGUUUCUAGUUCAAAUUCUAUUCUGAAAUGAUAUCUAUACUAUGCAAUAAAACACACAAUUCAAUAAAUUGAUUUCUAAGUAGAUAUUGUUAACAUUCUUAUGUUCCAAUAAAUUACAUUGUGUCUGAUGAGAUUCAUUAGACUAUUUCUUUAGUUGUGCAUUUUGCUAGUGAUAUUUUUUUUUAAAAAAAUACAAAAACAUCUUCACAGACAAUAUGCAGGGCAUUACAUCAUUUCUUAUACUAAUGUAAAAAGUGAACUUUUUUGUUCACCUAAUACUAUGAUAUGCACUGAAAUUACACAUACAUAUG